AUGAAGAUUACUCCUGAAGCAGCAACCAAAUACCCUGACUUGGAUGAUUUAGUGAAAUUGUAUUCUCGUCGAAAUCAACAAGCCAUCUUUUGGGAAGACCAGGUGCACGCUCACUUAUCCAUUGUUGAUGCACAACCGAAUAAGUUGGUCUGGGAGUUUGAUGUCGAAGAAAAGCAUUGUAACCAAUUGGGUAACAUGCAUGGUGGUUGUGUGGCAACUAUUAUUGACAUCUGUAGCAGUUUUGCUAUCCUUGUGUUUGAAGGCAAACGCAAGUGGAAGUUGAUUGGUGUCUCUACUGAUCUGGGUGUGUCCUAUAUGCGAGGAAUCCCUGCUGGCGGCAAGGCACGACUUGAAUGCGACGUCCAAAGAGUGGGAAAGACGCUUGCCAAUAUCUAUACCAAAGUAUACGACGAGGCUGGAAAUCUCUGCUACGCCGGAUCACAUACAAAGUACUGCAUCGAUGCCAAUUUGUAA